AUGUUCAACCGUCUCGUAGUUUCUGUCCGCCACAGCUCGAGCAUCCCCAAGCUUGCGACGACGCCAAACAAGUUCAAUGCCAAGUCAUCAGCAUUCAAUCUCAGACCAAACCUCCCAGAGGGGCUCUUCUUCCACCCGGCACCUGCCUCUCUCAACCCGGAGAUCACCCCGAAGGCGUUCUUGCCCGAGUCCGACGUUAGGAAGACUUCGGACGUCUACUACCCCGAGCAGACCCAGUAUGUUGCAGAGAAUAUCCACUACAUGCCUGUGAUAUCCAGAAUUGCACAGCCAACUAAGUAUAGUCACGAUGCCUCUGUUGUGGGUGAGCUGCAGAAAAUGCGGGACAAUGGUGCCACUAGGAAACAGAUGCGGGAGAAGUUUGGUGUUAGUGAUGGCUUUAUCAGUUUGACCACAAAACCAAAUCCGCAGACACUGAAAGCACAGAGCAAACUCUUGAAGAGACAUGCACGGAGAUGGUCAGAGAAGACCCUUGCUGCUCGUAAGGCGAGAGAGGAGAGGAAACUCCAAUGGGAGAGAGACAUGUAA